AUGACGGGUCCUUUCACCAAUUUUCUCUAUCACUUCAAUAGAUUGUACAUUGACACUUCUGGUUUGGUUUUUGGAACCCUUUUUGAUCCCACAAGGGACCUAGUUCUCAUUACAGGAGGAGGUUCAGGAUUAGGUAAAGAAUUAACCUCCAAAUUCCGAUCACAAGGUGCCAGGGUGGUUGUUUUUGAUCUUGAUAUUCCGACAACGGACUCGAAAAAUUAUGUAGAAGGUGUCAUCUAUAUUGCUUGUGAUGUUAGUGACAGAGAGGUUGUCUUACAGAAAGCUCAAUAUGUCACAGAAAAUAUUGGUGUUGUGUCAUUACUAAUCAAUAAUGCAGGUAUCACCAUGGGAAAAACUGUACUGGACCUCUCAUUUGAUGAAAUUGAAAAGACUCUACAGGUCAAUUUACUUUCCAGUUUCUACACAAUUAAAGCCUUCAUGCCAGGCAUGAUGAAAAAUAAGCGCGGAUAUAUCGUCACUGUCGCCUCUACUCUAGGUUAUCUUUCACCGGCCAGAUUGAGUGCCUAUGGUGCCUCUAAAUCUGGAUUGAUUGCAUUACAUGAAUCCCUAACUUAUGAGCUUGGCCCUCCGGCUUUUAAUACCACAGGUGUUAAGACCUUACUUGUCUGUCCAGGUCAGUUGAGGACAGGUAUGUUCAAUGGAGUUCGUACUCCAUCUACCUUACUUGCUCCUGAAUUAGAUCCAAAGGAAGUGGCAUAUACUAUUUACCGAGCUGUCAAAUUAGGUAAAAGAGGAGAAAUCAAGUUGCCUCUGUACGGGAGACUCAUUCCUCUGGUGCGGCUUGUUCCUUGGCCCUUAGCAGAGUUGGUAAGGUAUUUUUCAGGGAUGGACGAAAGCAUGAAGAAAUUUGUUGGUAAUGCUGCCUCUCUAGGCGAAAAAUCUGCAACUAUUUUCAAUGAAGCAGCCUCUAUCAUCAGUAACAUGACACCCAAGUUAGGGAGUAGUGAAGCUGCCCAAGUGGAACUCACCGAAAAUCGCGAAUUGCCUAAUCCAGAUAAUACCUGA